CCCACCCCCACCACCACUCGAGGCGGGGCAAAAAAAUAUUUUUACCUUUAGUCAUGUCAUCUCUCACCUCACGGCGUCUCCUCCCUUUCACCUAAAAGCCCUAAGAGCGCGGCUCCCCAUCUCACUGUUUCUUGCCUCUGUUCCAUCUCUCACUGGCUUCGCAGAUCCCCUUUUUAGGCCCAACAAUCCAUCCACCACCCCUGCACCCCCCCAAAAUAGUAGCGGCAAUUCCUCACACCUUCUCCUCGCUCCUGAAGCUCAGAUCAAUGGUCCUAUGAUAUCGAGGAGAAGCAACAGCAGUCAGCAACCAAAUAUCACUACCCCUACAGCUGAGCAAGGAUUCUCAAGCCAGCUCCAGACCCCACUAGAGAUCCUGCUGCAGCUGCCGGAAUCUUCUCCGCCGCUGCACUCACCGCCGCGGAAAGGAAUCAGGGGCCAUCGCCACAAAAGAUCGAUAGAUGGACCUGUCGCCGAACCACGAGAGCCCGGGCGGCGGCGGUGACGGCAGCGGAGCCGGUGGAUCGGGCAGCGGGGCAUCGUCGUCGGCGGGGGCCGGCACGCCACAGACGCCGAGCCGGUAUGAGGCGCAGAAGCGUCGGGACUGGAACACGUUCGGGCAGUACCUGAGGAACCACAGGCCGCCGUUGAGCCUGGCGCAGUGCAGCGGUGCGCACGUGCUGGAGUUCCUGCGGUACCUGGACCAGUUCGGGAAGACCAAGGUGCACACGGCGGCUUGCCCCUUCUUCGGCCACCCGAAUCCGCCGGCGCCGUGCCCCUGCCCGCUGCGCCAGGCGUGGGGCAGCCUCGACGCGCUCGUGGGCCGCCUCCGCGCCGCUUUCGAGGAGAACGGCGGCCGCCCGGAGUCCAACCCCUUCGCCGCCCGCGCCGUCCGCCUCUACCUCCGCGAGGUCCGCGAGCACCAGGCCCGCGCGCGCGGCGUGAGCUAUGAGAAAAGGAAGCGCAAGAAGCCGCAGCACGCCGACAGCAGCGGGCACCACCCGCCUCAGCCGCCGCCUCCUCCCCAACCGCCUGCCGGCGCGGCAUGCUGAGGACCAGUACGACGUACGAGGACGUACGCACCCAUUUGGUAUGCCGGACUAAGUAUAUUUUAUGUAGGUUUCGAUCAAUUUGCUUGUGCAUGCAUGCAUGGUUUACCAUUAAUUCUGCGCGGCUUC